AUGUCCACUCAAGCAUUUUCCACCAGGGUGCCCUGCACCUACAAGGAGUGCAGCGGUGUCUUUGAAUCGGCAGGGGAGAUGAAGAGGCACAAGGCGAACGAACACGAUUAUUGCAGCCGUUGCGACGAGGAUUUCCAGGAUGAUGAGUAUCUCCUGCUCCACAAGAUCAAGAGUGACAAGCACAUCGUGUGUGUAGUUUGUGGGAUCGAUUUUCGCAGCGAGGGUGGUAGAGACCUUCAUACCCGUCAGCAACACAGAACUCCGCAGACUCUGACCUGUUACGGCUGCGGGCAGAAGUUCAAAAUGGCAGGUGCCAUGGUAAAUCACGUCGAGAGCGGCGAUUGUCCAAACAUCCCCUUGUCUAGUCUCCUACAGGAACAGUCUAAGAGACUUCUCUUUCGAGAGGCGCUUAGGACAGGUAACGAGGGUGAGAACGCUGAACCCGAUGGCCAAGAUGACAACGGCGGAGUCCAUAUUGAUCAGGACCUUUUGGAGAUGGACCCUGACGACGAGGCCACUCAAUCUGUUGUGGGCGGGGUGAGCGGUCUCUCUCUUGACGACAACGUCCCGGAACCGAAGAGCAAGUCGUCGAUGGCUUCUCCGUCUUUGGUGAGCGAGACGAGAGAACAAUCAGCAUCGGCCGGAAAAAUCGCGAGGCCAACGAGCCCACGCCCAGGCCCAAGCAACUCCUUCGGCAUUGACCACAUUGACGCAGGACACACUCUUCGGGCGCUGGACCGGAACUGGGACCCCACCGUAUACUUCAGUUCCUUCAACGGAAAGUUUAUCUGUCCCUGUAAGGCUGAAUUCUCCAGCAUGAGAGACUUUGAGGAGCAUGUCGUAACGAAGACCAACCAGAACAGAGGCAUUCAGUGCCCUGGAUGUCUUCGCAUCUUUCGAACGGCGGCUGCCUUGGUGGCUCAUUGCGAGUCGGCCAGUACUCGAUGCAAGGUGAACCGGGGGCUUCAGUUCAGCCAGGUCAUCAACGACAUUAGCGGGGGACUGGUCAGGUCAGUUGGUCUGUUCGCAGAUGGUAGCGUGGAGUACGGGCCUGGCACGAUGGGUCCGAAGCAAGUGACAUAUGAGAAAGAGCAGCGUACUUUGAUGGACUAA